UUAUAAUAGAUUUUUAGAGUAUGUAACUUACGAGGAAGAUAAAGCAACAGGAAACUGAUCCCUUCGAAGGUGGUCGACAUGAUUUACAUAUUAACCUUUUUUGUUAUCAUAACAGUAUCUCAGGCCAAUUCGGACUCAAUUCAAUCAUCGAUUCAUAAAUACUUUAAAAGUGAUGGCGUUCAGCAACUCAGGAAAGACUGGGAAGUUUACAGGAAGCCUAUAGAACAUUCCAUAGCUACGGCUCUCAAAGAAACAGUGGGACACCGUGGUAUGAAUGUCUACAUCAAUGCUAUCGAUCAACCGAUAGCGUUGGGAUAUUAUCAUGAUGACAAUCAUGUACGACUAGUCCUCAAGGAUUUAAAAUUACAAAAAGUGCCUUACUUUUGGAUGCCGGAGGUGCAAUUUUCUUUAGCGUCAAAUGUCUUGAAGUUGUCUACGACACUUAGCAAAAUGAUUGUACACGCAGAGUAUUCACUGAUGCGCAACAAGUCUAGAAUUCUGUUUGAGCUAAGUGAACAGAAUCCUUCACUGUCGUCGCCAUUUUUGUUCCAACAAGUUCAGGACGUCGGGGAAGUUGUUUUCUCUAUCGAUGGUUGCGUACUUUCCGGAUUUGUAAUCACAACACUGAGUGGGGACUCAGUUAAUAUAGGAUAUGGCCACUACAAACUAAUAAAAUGUGUUUAUACCGUUGAGAUCUACCGGGCAGGCGAUAACUCACCUCCGGUUAUCGCGAAGUAUCAGCCCCAAAGAGAUGACAGUUGGAGUCUUGGUAUUAGAGAUUUGCUGAUAAAACCGAUCAGAGAAGAGGUGGACGGAAAGUUACAAGCAGCCUUGUUAAGUUUCGUCAACACUACCUCAUUGUUCGGUGAUAAACUUCAGGGAUAUAUAGACGAGCAGAGGAAGGUAUUCGCAGAAACUGCAACAUUCUUAACAGAUGUGCACAGGAACUUGAACAAAAUUACAAUUGAGCAGAAUAACGCACAUAUUCCGUUGGAUGACCACUAUGUCACCUGGGAUAGCGGUAGAUCAGAUUUCAUCCCAAUUCCAAAGAAAAAUGCAGACUCCGUGAAUUUAACGGGGAUAGUGUUGUCUGGAUUAGACUCGAUGUACUCGGCACACAUCGGCGGACCUUACAAGAUGGGGGCUUUAAUGAUUGCAGAGGAGAUGCGGUUCAGCACCUUACAGGUACGCUUCGUUUAUGGAUUAAACAAAGCGGAAUGGCCAGGGGAAACGCUAGACCAAUUUGCCUUUUCUACUGAAAUAAAGGACUUGACCGUAAAUCUCCAAAUGGAGGUGCGGUUAGACAAGAGUACAGAUAAAACGUCUAUUUUGAAAGGCUGUACCUACAAAAUCCUCCAGGUUACUGGAUUCAGACGAAUGACAACCACGUUACCAGGUUUGAUGCAUGGCUUGGUGGAAAACCUGGUGUAUGGGCAUUUGUUGAAUGAGCUACCAAGAAUCAUCAGGGCUCAUUUGAAGGCCAUCUUACGGACAGCCCUACGACCUCCCACAACGACACCACCGCCCGUUACUGAUAACAGUGGUCUGGUGGUUAGUGAUCGUCCUGCAGUAGAAGUAGAAUGUUCAGAGGGUGAUGAUGACACCGUUAACCGAAGAGACGUGGAAAUUGUACCGCCAAAGAAUUCUCUACAGGGAGUGACGUCACGGACGCCGGUAACAGGUGACUGGUUUAUGUCACCGCGAGUCGAAUAAAAUAAAACAACAGUGCUACAUAGAUACCUUUAUUCGCAAAGUGUUUAAUAAUAGUUAACUCAUAACAUAUAUUGUGGAUAGCAGCAGUGUUCCAUUAUAAUUAAAAUUACAACACAUCUUAGAUUAUUCUCGGUGUCGAAGUGCAAAAACUACCCUAAUCAAAAAAAAAAAAACUUUUGAACUUAGUAAUUGAACUAUCUUACAUCUAUUAUCUAAACAUGGCCAAGUGUGGUGGAUGUGGGCAGUUUAUUGCUGCAUCAGCGAGCGUUAGGUGCAGUAAGUGCGCGGGAUGCUACCACC